AUGAACCUCCUACACUCGGCCCUCGACAAGGUGCGCGACCGCUACGCCCCUGUAUCACACACUUCCACAUUCCGCAACACCGGCCAAAUCACACCAGAAGAGUUUCUUCUCGCUGGAGACUACAUAGUAUAUAAAUUCCCGUCAUGGUCAUGGUCCGAUGCUGCCUCCCCCGCCCGCCGCGUCAACUACCUUCCCGAAGGCAAGCAGUUCCUGAUCACGAGAGGCGUACCGUGCCAUAGACGCCUCGACGACAACUUCGCGUCCGGAGGCGGCGCCGCCGACGACCUCGUACGUGACGGUUUCUUGGGCGGUCCAGAUGAGGAGGGCGAUGACGAAGGCUGGCUUCGGACCGGUGGUGCAAGCGAGAAGGAGCAAGAACAACUUCGCGGUCAGGUGCGGACAAUGACCGAGAGCGGGACCAUUGGCAAGAAAGCCGAAGAGGAAGACGACGAUAUUCCAGACAUGGAAGACGACGAUGACGAUAACGAGGCAAUCAUCCGCGACAAGACUCAAGGCGGCGCAGCACCACUACGUACAUAUACGCUCUACAUCACGUAUACUCCAUACUACCGCACGCCACGCUUCUGGCUAUCAGGGUAUCUUUCGCCCUCCGAACCCUUGCCACCACAGGCCAUGAUGGAGGACAUCGUUGGCGACUACAAAGACAAGACCGUCACAUUAGAGGACUUCCCCUUCUUCGACAACUCGGUCAAGAUGGCGUCCAUCCACCCCUGUAAACACGCCUCCGUGAUGAAGAUCCUCCUCGACCGCGCCGACGCGGCACUCAAGCUCCGGCUGCAGAAGGCGAAGCAAGGAGAUCUACAGGGAGCAAGUGGCGCGACUAUGGGAAUGGAGGGCCUCAUAGACGAUACGUCACGUCUAGGCCUGAAAGACGGGUCGCGCAAAGGCCACGAGGCGGGCGUGAAGGCCGCGGGCGGUGGUGGCGAUGAGUGGGAGGUGCUGGAGCAGGGCGAGGAGGAGGAGGACGAGGCGCGCGUGGCAAUCAGGGUGGAUCAGUACUUGGUAGUGUUCUUGAAGUUCAUGGCCAGCGUGACGCCCGGGAUCGAGCAUGAUUUUACGAUGGGGGUCUGA